CUGGCUGACGGUCCCAGGCUGUGGCUUCGGCUGCCGUAAGCGACGCUGCCCUCGUCGGAUCCGGGCACUGUCAUGCUCCCGCCGCGCGGCGGGCGGCUGCGUCUCAGAGCCGCUAUAUAAGCUCGGGCAGGGGGCACCCGGAGGGGCUGAAGAUGAAGGUGCCCGCGCAUGGGCCCCCGCUGAUUGCCAACCCCUCCCGAGCCCGCGCCCCGCGAGGAGUACGGGGCCGCCGAGGACCCGCCUUCGCCGCAGUAGCAGCUGGAGCAGCGACAGAGGCGGCAGCUGCGGCGGCGGCGGCGCCCCUCUUGCGAGUGCCUAAAGCGGCGGCCGCGGCAGCUUGGGGGCCGCCGCUGCCCCGGCUGCCAUGAGUUGUGCGGAGGUGAUGUAUCACCCCCAGUCGUAUGGAGCGUCCCAGUAUCUGCCCAACCCUGUGGCAGCUACAACCUGCCCCACAGCCUACUACCAUCCGGUGCCCCAACCUGGCCAGCAGAAGAAGUUAGCGGUAUACAGCAAGAUGCAGGACUCUCUGGAACUCACCCUUCCCAGCAAACAAGAGGAGGAGGAUGAGGAUGAGGAGGAGGAGGAGGAGGAGGAGAAAGACCAGCCUGCCGAGAUGGAGUACCUUAACUCUCGCUGUGUCCUUUUCACUUAUUUCCAGGGAGACAUUGGGUCAGUAGUGGAUGAACACUUCUCAAGAGCUUUGAGCCAAGCCAGCACCCUCCAUCCAGAAUCUGCCAUUUCAAAAAGCAAGCUGGGGCUAACCCCCCUAUGGCGAGACAACUCAGCUCUCUCAAGCCAGCGGAGUAGUUUCCCAACUUCUUUUUGGACCAGUUCUUACCAGCCCCCACCUGCACCCUGUUUAGGGGGAGUUCAUCCUGACUUCCAGGUCACUGCACCCCCUGGCACCUUUACUGCAGCAGACCCCAGCCCCUGGCCGGGACACAGCCUCCAUCAGACUAGCCCAGCCCCUCACCCUCCCAUGUCCGAGUCCUGGCACUACCCUUUGGCAUCUCAGGUGAGCCCAUCCUACAGCCAUAUGCAUGAUGUGUACAUGCGGCACCAUCACCCUCACGCCCACAUGCACCACCGCCACCACCACCACCACCACCAUCAUCCUUCUGCUGGCUCUACCCUGGAUCCGCCAUAUGGGGCUCUAUUAAUGCCAUCAGUGCAUGCAGCCAGGAUUCCUGCUCCCCAGUGUGACAUCACAAAGACAGAUCCGACUACAGUCACCACUGCUACCUCAGCGUGGGCCGGGGCCUUUCAUGGAACAGUGGACAUAGUGCCAACUGUGGGGUUUGAUGCAGUUACUCCUGGUAAAUUAGCAGGAGUCUAG